GUGCGGGAGAAGCCGAGCUUUGCGGCGAAGCCCGAGCGUAACCAGCCGGCUGGGGGAGAUGCCGCCCCGCAGUGACUGACAGCAGGACCAGCUCUAUGCAAAUGGCGCCGGGGGCUCUGCCGGGGCUCUCUCCACACGCGCCGCCGCCUCUCGCCUCCCGCUCCCCGUAACGCGCCCUGUCUCGCACAAAGCAAUUGUUGCUUUUUUUGGGGGGACGUCGUUACACGUAAAAUCAUCUCCAGCACGGUUUCAGUUUGAGAUUGUGUGAGGGAGCUGGGAGAUGUGUCAGAGCUUGUUACUCCAGCUAAAUUAGGUAAUUUUUAGCUGGGUAACGUGCUAAUCUUUAAACCUUUAUGUUUUUAAAUCCUGCAUAUGUCUGGUCUCUUCAUACAAAAGUGUAUUUUGCUUGUUUCUUCUCGCCUUCUUCAGUCUGAAGCCUUAUGUAGGUCAGGCUUGGCUUAAGCAGAUUUCCUGAACCUGCGUCAGCUUAAGCUGAAGGAAUUUUAAUAAACCCUCCCUUGUAGGCGUGGGCCUAAAUGAGACUAGCCUAGUUAAGCCUGAUCUUUUUCUGUUUGUGAAAAAGAGCUGAGCAGAGCUAGGGACUGCAUGGUGGCUCCAGGAACGGCUUCCUUAAUUCAAAGAUAACAAUGGUUGGGAAGGCCAGAUCUUCUAAUUUUACCUUAUCUGAAAAGCUCGAUUUGCUAAAACUCGUGAAGCCGUAUGUUAAAAUUCUCGAGGAACAUACCAAUAAGCAUUCUGUAAUAGUGGAAAAAAACAAAUGCUGGGAUAUUAUAGCUGAUAACUACAAUGCCAUCGGAGUAGAUCGCCCUCCUCGUACUGCACAGGGCCUGCGCACGCUGUACAAGAGGCUCAAAGAAUAUGCCAAACAGGAGCUAUUGCAGCAAAAGGAGACUCACUCAGAUUGUAAAAGCAGCAUUUCCGAGCCAACCAAGAAAGUUGUGGAGAUGAUUCCACAGAUUUCCAAUGUGUGUUUAAGAGACAGGAGCGGUGUUCAAAGUGCUAGUAUCGAUAAAGAAACAAUUGCUGGUACCAGUUCACCACAGGCAAUGUUGGAUCACCAUCCUGCGACAGUCAUGAUGGACUUGCAGUCAGAAGAGGAUGUCAAACCUCCUCCUUCUCUGAUUAUAGACUCACAGCAAAAUGAGAACUUAGGACAAGAGGAAGAACACCAACUGGUGCAUAUUAUGGAAAGGUCUCCUUCAACGUCAGUGUCUUCAGUUGAUAUGAGAGUGAUGAUGUCUCCUUCCCCUGUACCAAGAAGAGAUGAGUUUUUUAGGCUUGAGGUUGGAGAACGUUUUAGACCCAUGUGUGGUUAUGACCCACAGAUGUUACAAAUGCUGAAAGAGGAGCAUCAAAUAAUAUUAGAAAACCAAAGAAAAAUUGGUCUUUAUGUCCAAGAAAAAAGGGAUGGUUUGAAAAGAAAGCAGCAACUGGAAGAAGAACUGUUGCGUACAAAAAUCAAAGUAGAGAAGCUGAAGGCAAUACGACUACGCCGUGAUCUGCCAGAAUACAGCAAUAUCUAAAUAUUUUAUUACUUCUGUCAUAUUCUUUGAAAUACUUAAUAAUAAAUGCAAAAUUGUUUUUUAUGUUAAUAUGGAUGGAUCAAAAUCUGGGCUUGAGACAUGAAAGCAUAUGUUGUUUAAGUACCCUAGAAAAAUACCUCGUAUGGGUUUGAAUGCACCAACUCUUCUGGUCUAAAGUAUAAUCAAAUCCACAUUUAAAUGUUUAGAUUUAUUAAAAACCCAAACUUUAAAAAUUUUUCCACUUAUCUUUAGAGUUGUGAUGAGCUAAUGAAAAUUUAACUCAACUGUUGUUAAAAUUUUUGGUCAUAUGCGUUACUUUUUUCAAAUAAUCACCUUUAGUAUCUUAAGGAAGUUGCAGGUAAAUAAAUGCAUAUAAAAAGGAAAAAUAAGAGGCUAUGUUUAAAUGUUUUAUUCUUUUCAAGUUGGUAAAUCUUAUGACAGUAGUGACAUUUUACUGAUAUGUCAGCUUGGAAAACAAAAUUAUUGGAUUGUUAUAUUUUUUUAAUGUUCAGUAGACAGUUGAAUAAAUGUGCAUCUUUUUAAAAGUUAAUACUUUUAAAUUGUUUCCAGUGGAGAAGUGUUUCCAUAGGAUGUUAUCAAAAUAGAGACAAUGAAUGCAACACUUGGUUUUUAAAACUGCAUGCAUGUGUAAUUUGUGUGUACAGUUACCAUGAUUGUGUAUUCAGUUAUAGUAAUUAUACUGGUGAUCAACCACAUAAAUAUCUUCUUUGCUCAUUUGCAUGCAUAAUUACUACAAUGCAUGUGCAACCAAGACAGUUGCAGGUGCCUUUGAUCAAUAUCACUAUGACUAUAAGCUACUGAAAUAAAAUAGUUUCUGUAUGUAAGUAACAUGUGACUUGAAAUCAACAGACGACUGUGUUAUUCUGGGUCCCUUUUAUAGAUGCUGUUGUUCCGAUCUUUCGAUUAGUUUCAAAUAAAAAACCCCACAUGAAAACAAAA